AUGGCGAGCAAGUCGUACUGGGGCAACGGACCAGAUAACACGGCAGCAACAGGCUUGAAAGUCGUCGAGAUGAAUCGCGGAAAAUUGGGUGGACGAACAACUCGAAUGGCGGAUGUUAAAACUAUGGUAUGUAAAGAAAAGGAGUGGACGGCCAAGACCAGCGCAACUCUACAAAAACAAGAGAGCAACUGGAAUCGCACCAAGAAAGAAGAGGUCGGGAGGAGGAAGAAAGAAAAUCUUCGCUCGCAAAGGCGGCGUUUUCGAUUUGAGGUGCGGCCGGAGAGAUGA